AGACGUAGCCAGAUCUAAAACCUCAAACAGUCUUCAUCGGUGUAUUUCCUGCUCGACAAUGUGCAUUUCCUAUUAGGCAAUGGUUAUUUUUUCAAACAAAUUUUAUAGAACGUGAUUCUGUUUUUAGAGUGUAGCAACUGCAUGACAUUAGACAACGAUCUAGAGUUGCUGCUGGCGACCUUCAGUGUCCGAAUCAGUUCCGGAAUUCCAAUUUUAUCGAUUAAGACAUUUAUCAUCGGUACUAAAGCAAUUCUGAAAACACCCUUUUUCGUCUUUAUAGAUUCUCUGUUAGUGCCCCGUCAUCAUUGAUAAUAGACCCGCCCCCAAUUUUCCACUUAGUGAUUGUCCUGAAAAAUAAAUUGUUGCGACAGAACAACUUUUUCUGUUGGCGUGGGACGUAAAAGUAUGUGUGCAUCUGGGUCCGGUUCGCCUUUAAUUAAAACUUUAGGGACGAGGGAGUUUUCCCGACAGAAAUUCUGUUCUGAAAUUUCUGUUAUGGUAACGUUUCUUUAAAAUAAAAAUGACGGGAGGACUUUCAAUAGAGAUGUACACACAGAACCAUGCAGGUUUAUCUAUGUUGUAAUAUUGUUGGAGCGAAGAAAAAUCGAAUUCAUUUUGAGACAUUUCAAUUCUUAGUCACUUCGUUAUUGUAACAAUCAUCACGACGAAAGUCCCCUGAUGAAGCACGACCUACCAUUUCUCAAAGCGGGGGAAUAACCUAUGCAGAAAGCCAAUAGUUGGUAAAGAAGGCAGCGUAGGUGAAAAUACUCGUUAUGUGCAUAACGUGAAUACAGUGGCACUCUAUAUAAACUGGGCUGGUCCAUCCUUUAAUUAAUGCAGUAGUUCUUAGAGGUCUCUCUUUCAAACUUUUCGGAUAGUUCCUGCAAGACGUUUUCCUUGAGAAAAUGAUUAUUACAUUUUCUUUAAUGCUUCUCUACAUCACAGAGUUCUUUGGAUUAACGUUUGGGUUGCCGUUUGCUUAUCAUUACAAUUUAAUUGACACCGAUGAAAGAUUCACGAACGAAUUAGAUGACAUUCAACCCGAAAUAAUUGAGCCAACGGAAGUAACAAAUUCCAUGGCGUCCUACUGGAACUACGAAGAUUCUUCGAGUUGGAGCCAAGUCUACGACAGCUGCAACGGUAAUUAUCAGUCACCAAUCAAUAUUGAUCCUGCCAAGGCAAUCACCAAGAGCUACCCGAAGCUCAUCUUUGGCAAUUAUGACCGCACCUGGCCAAUGAGUAUCACCAACGAUGGUCACACAGUUCUGCUUGAUUUACCCCGUAACUACCCUGCUAACAUGUUGCCAUUCAUAAGAGGUGGUGGCCUGCCGGAUCAGUUCAAUUUUGUGCAACUCCACUUCCAUUGGGGUGGCGACUCCGUACGUGGCAGUGAACAUUUAAUUCAAUCGAAACAAUAUUCCGGAGAGCUUCACAUAGUUCACUAUAAUUCAAAGUAUAUAUCGUUCGCCGAAGCUACUAAACACAAAGACGGGGUUGCAGUUCUCGCUAUCUUAAUGGAGAGUGGAUCAGCCGACAACAGUGUCUUGCAACACAUCGUCGGACAGUUUGUUGAUAUUUUGCAAGGUGGCCAAACAGCUAAACUGCACAAUCCUAUUCUUUUGCAAGACCUUCUUCCGACCAAUAUUCAGAAUUUCUACAGGUACGAUGGCUCUUUAACGACUCCCACUUGCCAAGAGGUUGUCAGUUGGACUGUUUUCGAGACGCCCAUCACUGUUUCUGAAUACCAAUUGAGGAAGUUCCGGCAGUUGUUUGACAAGAAAGGUCGCAGACUCAACGACAAUUUCCGACCGAUUCAAGAAGAUCGUGGCAGGGUUAUCACUUAUCGCUCUGGGAAUGAUCAUCAAUCGUUUAAUCAACAAAAAUAUAGUCUGACGUCAUCACCUGUUCAACAGUUCCAAUCCUGGGAACAGGCUUUGGAUUUUUUUAAACAUUCCGAGUUCAAUUCGCAAGAAUUUUUCAAGUGGCAACCGUUUAAUCGUUCAGACAAGUUGCAAAAUAUUUUGGAAAUUCCUAAUUGGAAUUCUGUGGUUAGAUGACAUGAAAGCCCAUUGUGUCAAUGUGAAGAAAUUCAAUCAGAGUCACGAUCUUGUUGUGCAAUACAUAAUAAAUUAUAUCCUGGGGACCCGUCAACCUCUUGGAGAAAUAUUACGUCCAUCAGUCAACCAUUUCCUGUACGAUGGCAUCGUUCCGUAGAUAAAGAAAAGACGUUUGCUUCAAGAGAACAAAACAAACAGACAAAUUUUGACAAU